GCAUUAGUUCUUUUUCACAUUUCGACAGUGGUGUGGUGAGGGCCUUAGUGUCAAGAUGCCCGCUCAAGAGUGUGUGAAAGGUCGUUGUACUGUAACGUGACAAGUCUUGGGCAGGCCCCCUUCUCACACACAGAACACAUAACCGAUGUGAGACAUCCAUCGUCAAUCUAUAACGCCAAGAAGGAUCUUGUUCUGUCAUUUUUUGUCUUCCUUGUCUCUUCGUAACACAGUUUUCUUGCUCGUCUUCGUGAUACAGUUUUCUUCCUCAUCUUCCCUGCCUGUGCCAUCUUCAUUUGUACGCUUACCACCGGCCUGCAAAUUGUCUUCCUCAUGUGAUUACUCUUCUUGCUAUAUCCUUCCAUCGCCGUUACUGUGGCGAGAGGAACUCCCGCGCGCUCUUAAGAGAGCGAGCGAGCGAGCGAGCGAGAGAGAGAGAGAGAGAGAGAGAGAGAGAGAGAGAGAGAAGUCGAAUUGCGAUGAAUAAUCAGGGCAGUAGCAGCAACGAUGGGCACCAGCCACCUCCGUCGUACGAAGCGGUAGCUGGAGGAUCUUCGGGGUCACAAGUUGUGCAGGGUGCGCCAUUAACGUGGCAAGGGACUGCGGUGAUGGGUGUGCCAGCGCCGCCAGAUGCGCACCCGGCUAAUCGACACGUGGCGAGCGGUUAUCCUGGGACGGAUGUUCCUCAGAAAUGGCACAAUCAGCCCAUGAACAUUCAGCCUCUUCCAGCGUCGCCCUACCUUCACCCAGCCCCCGGAUGCAAGCAAAGUACCGUCGACUCUUUAAUGACCACUCUUGGAAAAUGGACAAAGAAAGCUGAGACUGUUGCGACAGAUAUAUAUAAACACCUGUCAACAAGUGGCUCCACAGCCACAACAGCGCUGACUAAGGUUGAGGCGAAGACAAGGACACUGAUUGCAGGUGGACAGGAGAGCUACUGGCGUACCACAUUCAAUUUCCAGCCUUCCGAGAAACUUAGAAAAACUUUCAACUGCUAUCUCUCCACAGCAACUGGACCGGUGGCAGGUGUGCUCUAUCUGUCAGACAAUUUCUUAGCCUUCUGCAGUGACAAACCGUUGCCGUAUUCUCCAGGUCAGGGCCAAGAGGCCUGGACAUAUUACAGGGUUGUUCUCCCUCUUCAGAGAAUCGGCACAAUUGUCCCGUCAUCAAACCCUCAAAACCCUUCUGAGAAAUACAUGGAAAUUGCUAUGUCUGAUGGAGCGAAGUUCUGGUUCCUCGGUGUGUUGAGCUUUGAGAAGUGUGUAAAUGCUGUUCAAGAAUCAGUUGCAAUAGCCUGUUCUGGUGGUGCUCAAUAGAUUAAUACUUGAUGUGUAAGAUGCCUGUCUUCAAUCCUCUUAUCCAGAAGCAAAGACUGCCGUGCACUCGGUCUUGUUAUUUGUAAUGUCAUACUGCAAACUAGUUUUCCUUUCCUUUUCUUUUCUUUUCUUUUCUCUUCUUUUUAGGAAAUGCUAGUAGUCCGAAAACAGUGUCUGCCAUGACCGUGGCAUGUGGCUUUUGAAGCAGUUGUGCGAACUACCGAUCGGCAAAGAAAUAGUCCCGCUACGGUAGUGCACAGCAUACUUGUAGGAUGCUGGUUGUCAAAAAGUAGUAUCACCUUCUUUGCAGCACAGUAUUGCCCAGUUGGCAGAGCACAUGUGUUGCUUUGUCACUCCAUGUUUCUGACAACAUGCUUUUGCAUGUGGCCUGCGGCUUUACUGUCAAGUCUACGAUACCAAUAUGUAUUAUCACUGUUAUGGGAUUGUUGUUGGAUGGGCUUCCUAAUGACUCUUAUGCAAAAACAGUAAAAUGCCAGGGAGGAACCUGCUGUGGUGGCAUAGGCUUGCCAUUGCACACUUUGUGGCACUCUGACAAGCCGAAUGCGAUGUUGACUAGUGUAGAAUGUGUGACAAGCACAAUGGGAUGGGAUUUGUUAAACAGUAAAUUACUUAAUUUGUCAAUGAUAACCAUGAUUGUUUGCAAUGCUGGUCAGGAGAAAAACAAAAAAAAACAGGACAGAGUGCCAUGCCGAGGCACUGACUGCACAUGCUGUGCAGCUGUAGGCAACCGUCUUUUUCAAGAAAGGUAGACGCUCAAGAGCAUAGAAAUUUGUGGAGUCGUAAUAUGGACUCAUGUAGUGGAGUAGGGGACUAUGGAGCAAGUUACAGUGCUGCUGCGGGUUGUAGUCAGAUCGUGUGCAGUUUGCAGGCAAGGAAACUGACGUGCUAUAUACGAAGCAGGCGCUUGCGGAAGCCUUCUUAGCUUAUCACGCUGGUGGAGCUGGUCAGCGGCAUGCUGAUACUCGAAAGCGUGCAUUUGAUGGUACACUGGCCGAUUGACAGUCUUGGUGCCACAUAUGCGCUUUUGGCAAAGUACUCUCGUAAAGGCGCUUGUGGAAAACUUCUUACCCUGUCACGCUGGUCGAGCUAGCCGAUCAAUGGUCUUGGUGUGGCAUAUGUGCUUGCCGAUGGACUCUCGUAAAGGCGCUUGUGGAAGCCUUCUUAGCUUAUCACGCUGGUCGAGCCGGUCAGCGGCAUGCCGAUACUCGAAAGCGUGCAUUUGAUGGUACACUGGCCGAUUGACAGUCUUGGUGCCGCAUAUGUGCUUGGCAAAGUACUCGCGUAAAGGCGCUUGCGGAAAACUUCUUACCCUGUCACGCUGGUCGAGCUGGUCGGCAGCAUGCGGGUACUGCAACGCGUGCAUUCGAUGGUACUCUAGCUGAUUAACGGUCUUGGUGUGCAGUUGUGCUUGGUACUGGGCUCUCGUAAAGGCGCUUCCGGAAGACUUCUGAGCCUGUCUUCCUGGUCGAGCUGGCCAGCAGCAUGCAGGCAGAGACGACUGGCUAGUCUAUAGUGGGCAAUGACUGCUUACAGACUCGCUACACCUAAUGUACAUGUAGAUUUAUAAUUGUAGUGGACUUGUUCGUUGACCUGGUUUUGGUUGUGAUUGCGAUUGUGACAAGGCAAUUAGCUCUUGUAUUCGAUCGUAGGAAAUCAAGCUCUUCUUGCUCGUUGUUUAUACAAGUGCAAAAGUUACGAGGGUCGAGAACCUUCAGAUACACACGUGUGAUGCAGGGGAGAAAGGCUGCUAGAGUUGACGUGACUCGUGAUCGAACUUUGGAGAAAGGCUGUCAAAACUGUGAGAUGACGAAAGCAGGGGGGCUGUUGGAAUUCUCAUGAUGAUGGUUUUGGCUGUUUGAAAUUGCCUUGGCUGUUUGUCAAGGUCUUUUAUUCCUCUUGAUGGCUGUCCUUUUUUCUGUGUAGGCCUCUGGGCUCAUCAUCGUUGGGUAUUUUAAUGCAAAACUCGGCGGGUACUAUCUGUCGUUAAUCGCUGCUAUUGCUAAUGCCACCACUGAAGGUGCAGAGAGCCCUAGUGUGAGGAUACCACAAGCAACUCAAUGUUGGAUGUUUAAACUUCAAAGCGUUUGAGAAAUUUUGAGUAUGUUUGCCACGCGUUUUUCUCCGACGCGAUGUGCAUGCGGCGGGGGCAAAAUGGCUGGUGGUGCCAAAUGGAGGCCCACUGAUUUUUAAGUCGGUUGCUUGGAUGGCCAAUCUGGCGGCCUCAGUAGUCUCUCCCGUCCGCAGAUAUUAAUGUGAGCCCAGGGGUUGGUCAUCCCUUUUUGUCCCCCGCACGGUUAUCAGACCCCUGCCUAUGUUUGCAGUUGGUCCAUUGGAAGGACAUGCUACAGGUAAAGGUUCUGGCCUUCGUGGCAUAGGGGCCUGAUUUUCUUGAGGGAGUGGUGGUCUGACUCUGACCUCUGAAAAGUCUGCAAAGGCCAACGGCGAAGAUGAUCGAAGUAAAGAGGACACGUGCGU